CGCCCCGCGGAGGGCCCGGGGCGGGCGCUGCCGGGCGCGGAGCGGGCGCGGCGGCGGCGGGAGGUGCGCGCAGGUGGCGGCGGGGCCGUGCGGCGCGGGCGGGGGGAUGCGGCAUGGCCGAGGCGCCCGGAGCCCCGCACCGCACCACGGGCUCCACGCUGCUGCACCCGCUGAGCGCGCUGCUGGGCAUCCCGCUGGACCAGAUCAAUUUUGUAGCCUGCCAACUGUUUGCACUUUUGGCUGCAUUUUGGUUUCGUAUUUACUUGAGUCCCAGUCAUGCCAGCUCCGCUGUUCGCCAUGCAUUUGCCACCCUCUUUGGAAUAUACUUUGCUGUCUUCUGCUUUGGGUGGUAUUCCAUUCAUCUUUUUGUCCUGGUGAUGAUGAACUAUGGCAUUAUGAAUAUGGCGAGUGUUCCCAACAUCCACAGGUACUCCUUUGUCGUAGCGAUGGGUUACCUCACAUUGUGCCACAUAAGCCGAAUAUACAUAUUUCAUUAUGGUAUUCUCACUACAGAUUUUUCCGGUCCGCUGAUGAUAAUUACACAGAAGAUCACAACACUUGCAUGCCAGCUACAUGAUGGAAUAGGACGACAAGCUGAGGAACUCACUGCUGAGCAAAAUCGGCUUGCUGUAAAGUCAAGACCUUCUUUACUGGAGUAUUUAAGUUAUCUCCUCAAUUUUAUGAGCAUCAUAGCAGGGCCUUGCAGCAAUUACAAGGAUUAUAUCGCCUUCAUUGAAGGGAGGCAUGUGCACAUGAAACUGUUAGAAGUGAACUGGAAGCAGAAGGGUUAUGACAGACUUCCUGAUCCUUCUCCAACUGGAGCAGUGAUGUACAAGCUGUGUAUCACACUAGUAUCUCUCAUUUUAUUCUUGACGCUUACCAAGAACUUUCCUAUGGCAUAUAUUAUUGAUAACGAAUUUCUUGAUAAAACUCCCUUCUUGUCAAGACUUGGUUACCUGUAUGUUGUAACACAGGCAGCAAAACCAAAGUAUUAUUUUGCAUGGACGUUGGCAGAUGCAGUCAACAAUGCAGCUGGUUAUGGAUUCAGUGGAGUUGAUGAGAGAGGCACUUUCCGCUGGGACCUGUUGUCCAAUUUGAAUAUCUGGAACAUUGAGACUGCAACAAGUUUUAAGAUGUACAUUGAAAACUGGAAUAUUCAGACAGCUGCCUGGCUGAAACGUGUCUGCUAUGACAGAGCUCCGAGGUACCCUACGGCUUUAACAUUUAUCCUGUCGGCCCUGUGGCAUGGUAUCUAUCCUGGAUAUUAUUUUACGUUUCUUACUGGAAUCCUUAUCACACUCGCAGCCAGAGCAAUAAGAAACAACUGCAGACAUUACUUCCUCUCGUCAGUGCCUCUUAAGAUAGCCUACGACGUUGUUACCUGGGCGGUCACUCAGCUGGCUGUGUGCUACACUGUCGCGCCAUUCGUUAUGCUGGCUGUGGAGCCCACCAUAAAGUUUUACAAGUCUGUGUAUUUCCACAUGCACAUUCUAAGCAUCCUGGUGUUGCUCCUGUUACCAAUCAGACCUCAAACUCACUCUGUAAGAAGGGCUCAGAAUCAGGCCAUGCUGAACUCUAUUAAAAGCAAAGACAAAUGAUGCCUCCAAAGAAAACUGCCAGCAUUGGGAAAUCAAACUGUUGUAUUGUAAACAAAAAAAUAAGAAGAAAAACUGAUUGCAGGAGGAUCGAAAUAGAAGACAAGUGGCAUUUCUGUUUGCUAUCUUAAAAUCUUACUGGAGAGGGCAGAGAAGAGCCUGAAUGACUGUAUUUCAAAUUAUUCCUGUUAAUAGAGAUUUUACAGGCAACAUUUACAGGCUCAUGGGGCAUUUCAUUUUUAUAAUAAAUAUUUUUAUGAA